UGCAGGGAACUCUUGUACAUGAAACUCAGUCAGUGAAUGGGGUGUAUAGAUUAAAUGUGUGUAUGUAUUUUCUUUCUUCACAUGGUUAUGUGUAGCAAAUGUUAAAUUCUUAACCAGCUGUUUUUGAGGUCUACAGAUUUAAAGAAAAAGAAAUGUAGAUCUCAGAAGGGGGGAGAGUUCCUCUCAGCACCUCCUUCCUGCUGUAGAGAAGCUGACAGAUACUAAGGAAUCAGGCACGUGGAACCAUGUCUGGAAAACCCAAGCUGCACUACUUCGAUGGACGAGGUCGAAUGGAACCAAUUCGGUGGCUGCUGGCAGCAGCUGGGGUUGAGUUUGAAGAAUCCUACCUGGAAAAAAAGGAGGAUCUGACAAAGUUACGGAAAGACGGAUCCCUGCUCUUCCAGCAAGUGCCAAUGGUAGAGAUUGAUGGGAUGAAGCUGGUGCAGACCAGAGCCAUCAUGAACUACAUAGCGACGAAGUACAACCUCUAUGGGAAGGACCUGAAGGAGAGAGCCCUAAUCGAUAUGUACGUGGAAGGAUUGUUCGAUCUGAAUGAGAUACUCAUUAAAUAUCCAUACCUACCAGCAGACCAAAAAGAACAACAUUUUGCUAAUAUGAUGGACAAGGCUGAAAACAGAUACUUCCCUGUCUUUGAGAAGGUUUUGAAAGACCAUGGAAAAGACUUUCUUGUUGGCAACCAGCUGAGCAAGGCAGAUGUUCAGUUACUUGAAGUCAUUUUAAUGGCAGAGGAAGACAAACCUGAUAUACUUGCUAAAUUUCCUCUCUUGCAGAGCUUCAAAGCAAGAAUAAGCAAUAUCCCCACCAUAAAGAAAUUCCUGCAGCCUGGCAGCCAGAGGAAACCUCCAACACAAGCGGAAGAUGUAGCCAAAGUGAUGAAAAUUUUCUACUCCUGAGCUGCACCCUAAAGCCACACAUGUUAUAUUUCAUUGUGUUUGCUGAUAGUGGCAAAGUCAAAUUAAUGGAAAGUGUAAAAAAAAGAUUUUUUGUUCUCUCUUUCCUUAGCUACAGGACUGGUUUUUGCCUCCUGCAGACACUUCCAAGUAAUACUACAUGAGCCUACUUGCAAAGGAAAUAGCUCAGUGAUUAGGAUGUAUAUUAUAAAACACAGGAUGCCUUAAAUAACUAAAUAGAAUACCUGAAAUAAAGUUUUAGUAUUGAUAUUAAAA